AUGAUAAACUGGGGGGAUGUAAACAUAGAAGAUAUCAAGGAAUGGCCUUCGUUUCCGUCUAUUAAGGAUGCAUGUGUUUCUUGUGACGACAUGAAAGUGCCAACAUGUCCAGAUUGUCCGGUAGAUGAGUCUUGUGCUAUUACAUCGUUGACCUGUACUUCCUGUCCGAGUACGUACUGUACAAAGAAGAGCUCCAUGAAUGCCUCUGGUGGCGACGUAUCGGAUAGUAAUAAAAGUUCUGAUAGCGGGUCGGCGGUCGGUGGGAUUGUGGGGGGUGUAGUAGGUGGGAUAACUCUAGUACUACUGAUAGCGUUAGCAUUUUACUAUCUCAAGUAUUGGAGACAUAGGAAACAACGAUAUGGAGACAUGGUUGGCAGCGCGUCUUUGGAAGAUGAAAAGGCUGUCGAAAGGGCCAUAGUGAGCGCUGGCAGGGACGGCACUAUGAAUAUGGGGAAUGUAGACAGCAUGUAUCAGACGAGGAACAGAAGCAGUGCUGCCACGGUUGCAACAAGGGCAUCUAAUGUGCUUCCUGUUGCUUAUAUACCAGGUGUUACUGCUGUCGGCAAGAAGUUUCGCAAUAGACACCUUUUCAAUAAUGGGGACACUCGUUCCCAUAUUACAUUGGGUUCUUCUAUUUUAGGCGGUGAUGACGACGAUUUUGACGACGAGUCAGAGAUGGGUAGUCAAGCAGGCGACCGUAAUAGCUCUGCUGUGCAGCACACCAGUAAUUUGACCACAGCAAUUCGAGCAAAGCCUAAAUUAGUCCAGAUUACUGAAGAGGAUGAGUUCACCUACGAAUCCGACAAAGAACGUAAAAAAGUGGAUGAAGAUUCACAAAAGUCAACUCUUGCUUCACCAAGAACAAUAUCUACUGCAGGUGCAGCUGCCGGUGCAGGUGCCGGCGCCGUCUCCAUAGUUGCCUUUAAAUCAACUGACACUGCUGUCUCGGUGGACCCUUUUAUACUGGAAGGCGAAGAUGACAACCGCACUAAUGACGAAGACGAAAAAGAGCAUCUUCAUCAACAAGGAGUUGAAGAUGAAGAUGACGACGAUGGCAGCCAAGGCUCUUUCAUACUAUCUGUUGAAGUGGCCGAGGCUAUCAUCAGACAGAACUCUGUCUCUCGAAGGUAA